AUAAUCAGUUUGACAGAAGAGAUGUCAAAGUCAAAUGUCACCUUAAUUUACAAAAAUAAUAAUUGGUUAUUUAUUGGUGUUAUUGGUUUUCUAAAUUUUUAUUAAUUUUCAAAGAAAAAUGUUAAGUUGCAUACUGAAAGAACUCACUUGAUUAAAUAUCAAAUCAAUAUAUUUUGUUAUUGAACUUCUAUUACUUUAAUUUCUAAUUGCCUUUUAUGGUAAAUAAACAUGGAGACAAUAUUUCAUGAAAAGCAAGAUGGAUCUCUAUGUGCUCAACACUGCCUAAAUUCGUUACUCCAAGGUUCUUACUUUACUGCUGUCGAUUUAGGAACACUGGCAAAUCGUCUAGACGAAGAGGAACGUGAACAAAUGGCUGAAGGUGGUGUCGAUACUGAACAAUACCGUAAAUUUCUUGAACAGCCGUCAUGUAAUAUGGAUGAUAGUGGAUAUUUCUCAGUUCAAGUCAUUAGUUGUGCUUUACAAGUGUGGGGUUUAGAAUUAGUGCCUUAUUGUAGUACAGAUGAAAGGGCAAAAUCAGCUUUAGAAAAUCCUAGUCAACAGCAGGCUUUUAUUUGUAAUUAUAGGGAUCACUGGUUUACAAUCCGAAAAAUAGGAAACCAGUGGUUUAAUUUAAAUUCUCUACUGUCUAAGCCUGAAUUAAUUUCAGAUACAUAUUUAGCACUGUUUUUAGCUCAGUUGAGAAAUGAAGGGUAUUCAAUAUUUAUAGUGUCUGGAACUCUACCUGAAUGUACAGCUGACGAAGUUCUUAAAAAUAACCCUGUUCGGAGAGGUGCAAGACCAGAUCCCUUCCAAGCAUCUGUCUCAAAUGAAAGUGACUCGGAUGUUCAAGCAGCUUUAAGACUUAGUUUGCAAGAUAAUAGUGACCCUGCUGAUAGUCCAGAUACUGAUGAAAGAGAGUUACAGGAAGCUCUCCGAUUAAGUUUACAAACUGCCAAUAAUUCUCCUGAAGAAGACGAUGAAGAUUCACUUUUAAGGAAAGCAAUUAGUAUGAGUUUGCAGUGUUAAUUAUUUAUAUUUUUACAUUUCGUAUUGUAUUUUUUUAUUGAAUAUUUAACAAUUUUUAUAAAACCUAUUACUGGAGUCUCUUGAUGUACUUACGUCCCACUGACUUGUAAUACAAUUGUUUGUUUUUACUAAUACAUUAAUUUUCUAAAAUAUCUGAUGUUUGAAAGAGAAAAGUAUGAAAGCCCAAUACUUUUAGUGUGAUAUUUUGAGUUGUUAAAAAUAAAAAGCUAUUAUUAAUGUU